CGCUCUUCCAGUUCAUCACGAUUUCUCCCGACAUAUGCACCACAACUGCCAACACGCAAGGAAUUUGUUACUCGGCCACCGACUGCACCAACUUGCAGGGCACCGCAAGUGGCACCUGCGCGGCGGGCUUCGGAGUUUGCUGCACGUUUACGCGCAAUUGCGACUCGUCCACGAACGUCAACGGAACGCUAUUCCAGAAUCCAGAAUAUCCAUCGGCUACAACCACUGCUCCUGGUUCUUGCAAACUAACAGUUGUUCCUGUCAAUGAAAAUAUCUGCCAGAUUCGUUUAGACUUGAUGGAAUUCACUCUAGCUCAACCCGAUGAGAACGGGGUUUGUGCCGACGACUUCCUGCAAGUGACUGGGGGAACGACGAGUAUCCCAACGAUUUGCGGACAAAAUAAUUUACAGCAUCUGUAUGUUAAUGUGAGCCCUGGAUCUGGGAGCGUCUCGAUCAACGUUGACACCUCAAUACCGGGGGCUAAGUGGAACAUCUCCGUCACACAAAUAGAGUGCAGUUCGCCAUACCGAGCCCCGGCGGGCUGCCUCCAGUACUUCACCAACACAUAUGGAACCAUCAAAAGCUUCAACUACGACGCCACGACCUUCUCGACCACCACGACACCCACGGCCACCACGCAGCUAGCCAGUCAGGUAUACGGUGCCUGCAUCAAGUCACAGUCUGGCUACUGCAGCGUCGCUUACAAGAAAACUUCUGACAUGCCCAAUGACUUCACCUUCUCCAUGAGUGGUGCUAAUGUACUGCCCCCAGGAACUACUCCUCCUUCUUCAUCAGGCAGUGUUGACUGCACCGCAGAUUACGUGUUGAUCCCCAUGGGUACAAUAACUGACACAAACACGCCAGCUGACCGUUUCUGCGGGUUAAACUUUCCUAAUAAAGUUGAAUCCUCCGUCCAGCCGUUUGCCCUCUACGUGGUCACUGAUGGCACAGAAGCUCCCAAUAAUGAUGGCUCCAACGUGGGCUUCUCCAUCGACUACAAAAUGCAAACUUGCUAGAUAAGAGAUGUUAUUUACUUACUGUGUUAUUGUUUUUGUUUCUCCUGCAAAAGUCGCUCAUGAAAAAAAGCAAUUGGAAUAGCUCACCCCUUAUUAGCCUGAAUUUUGUAAUUUAUAAUUCAAAUUAUAUCGCAGAACUACGUAGUUCCGAAUUGCAGUGCUUGACUUUAGUCUAUUUACUAGUUUCAACGGUACAUUUAAUAAUGUACAGUUUGGUGCGGUUUCAUUAAUGACCGUUUUGCUUCAUAUCUAAACGGAAGGAGGCUUAAUGAAAAAUUAAUUUGUUUAUUUCUGUACAUGUGAUACGCUAUUAUUUAACAGUCUAGAAAAUAUUAGAAAACGAAGAAUUUUUUUCUUCUCAAUGCCAAAAAUAACGUGUGAUAAAAAUAACGUGUGUCCGCAUUCAUGCACGUGUGAACCACACACGAUUUGAAAAUGAAAAA